CAAUCAGAAAGACUCUCUUCCAUUUAUCCUUCAUUUUUCUUUUUUCCCAGUUUUGAACUAUCAAGAUUUAAGAUUUUAGAAGAAGAAGAAGACGAAGACGAAGACGAAGAAGAAGAAGAAGACUCAAGCAUGACUAUAGGGGUGGAAGCACUGCCAUUAACGUUUGUUGCGCAUGCGCUUGCUGUUGCUGGUGCUGUUACGGUCUUGGUUUGGAAUCUAUAUUAUAGAGGUGGCUUAGCAUGGGAAGCCACUAACAAGAGUCUCAUCUUCAAUCUUCAUCCUGUUCUAAUGCUAAUUGGCUUGAUUAUCAUUGGAGGUGAAGCCAUUAUGAGCUACAAAUCUCUUCCUUUGAAGAAAGAGGUGAAGAAAGGAAUACAUCUUGUACUCCAUGCCAUUGCUAUAAUACUUGGUAGCGUUGGCAUUGCUGCCGCAUUCAAGAAUCAUAAUGAGAGUAACAUUGCCAACCUAUACAGCUUGCAUUCAUGGCUUGGCAUAUCCAUCAUUUCCCUUUAUGGUAUUCAGGUGGCUGAGGUAGGAGAAAGAUCAGCAAAGUUGAGCAUCAUAUUUGUCUUGAAGACGGUUGAAAUGGGUGAAGCUCUUAAAGAAAUGAACAAAGUGCUACAUGAGAGAAAUAUCAAGGCAUGGGAAGACAAAGAAAAAGCAAAAUCAGCUAAUAAGGCUCAGAGAAUGUUAUCAGACAUCAAAACAUGGGAGGAAAAAAUGAAAAUAUCUCAUGAGGCUAAGACCAUGAAGAUUGAGGCAGAAUUAGAGAGCAUAAGGCAACAUAAACAUGAGAAAAUCAAGAAUGAGGAAGCUCAGAUACAAAAGGCAAUGGAACAAAAGAAGGCAGCCAUUGAUGCUCAAAACCAAAAGAAAGUUCUGGAGAUAACUGAGAAGGCUGACAAACAUCGAUCAAACAAUACACUUCCAAUGAAGUGCUUUGGUAUAUGUACGGACUAAAAUUCAUGUUUAAUGGAAUAAAGAAAGAUGCAUAAAUAAAUUCAAUAAGUAGCAUAUGAUUUGAUUUAUCAUUUAAUAA